AUGGUAAUAGUAAUGGUAAUAGUGUAUCUACACAAAGUAGUCAAGUUCAUUUUCAUGAUAUCAAGUUAUUCCGAUGGAGUCAUGACCCAUCACUAUCUAUCGACUGCGGCGUGGCGCACUAGCAUCAACCAUCGUACGAGCAUCUUAUUUCAUUUCCAGACUCUUGCUUCACCAGAUGAAGGGCUUGAAUUGCUCCACAAACAGUUUGGAUCAAACAUAAUUGCUGCAAAAGUGGAUACCACUACGACUACUAGCAGUUGUAGUAGUUGUAGUAGUUGUAGUAGUUGUAGUAGCUGUAGUAGUAGUAGUAGUAGUAGUAGUAGUAGUAGUAGUAAUAUAAUUGGUAGUGGUACGGACACUAUUAUUGAGGUUGUGUUUGGUUCUCUAGAGUACAAAACCGAGGCUCUGUUAAAAGGAGUCUGUGUUGAGUACAGAGAGUCAAAAAUGUGCAAGGUGACUGCGACAAGAACGCUGGAUCCAUUCUAUGAUUAUACAAUCCUAUCCAUCUGGGGACUUCCACUUGAGAGUUUAAAAGACGCCGAAAGAAAGGUACAGACUUCUAUUGCGCCAUUAUUGGGCAAAGUUGUUGGUCUUGUGUGCUCUGUUCAUCCGGUUUGUGGAUUCUACGACGGCAGCAUGGAAGUCGUGUUACGCGGUCACGAACAUAGUCUCUUGAACACAAUAUAUCUGAGGUCCUACCGAGCGGAAUUUCCUCUCAGAAAAACAUUGAUAUGA